AUGUCGCAGUCACUACGUCCAUAUCUGCAAUGUGUUCGGUCUUCACUGACUGCCGCACUAUCAUUGUCCAAUUUCGCAUCACAAGCCUCGGAAAGGCAUAACGUUCCCGAAGUCGAAGCCGCUACCUCACCUGAGGUCCUGCUGAAUCCUUUAAUAGUCGCCCGAAAUGAGAAUGAGAAGGUCCUGAUAGAACCUAGCAUAAACAGUGUUCGUGUGAGCAUACGUAUAAAGCAGGCCGAUGAGAUCGAGCACGUACUUGUACACAAGUUCACAAGGUUCUUGACCCAGCGAGCCGAGUCAUUCUUGAUCCUACGACGCAAGCCAAUUCAGGGUUAUGAUAUUUCCUUCUUGAUCACGAACACACAUACUGAAGAAAUGCUGAAACAUAAGUUGGUCGACUUCAUUAUACAGUUCAUGGAAGAGGUCGACAAGGAAAUUUCAGAGAUGAAGCUUUUCCUUAAUGCCAGGGCGAGGUUUGUAGCUGAGUCGUUCUUGACGCCAGUACGUCUUCCCUAUUUCCGAGACUCUGGCGAUGGCUAA